AUACCAGCGGUUCCUACUGUACGCACAUCUGGAAUUGUGAAAAGUGUUUCUUUUUAAACCAAAAGUUCAAUUAAGAAAAACGAAAAACAAAAAACGGAAAAUUUAAUGUUUUAUCGGAGAUCAAUUUAAUUCAAUCUAAUCAUAUAUUUGUAGGAAUAUAAAGCCUAAUUUUUUUCUAAAAAAUCGCUCACAGUUUAGUUUUCGUUAAACAAGUGCCUCCUUUUCAAGACGCUUGCUUGUUUCAGUACAUGAACACUUUGCUUCAAACUCCACUUCUCUAAAAGUUGCCUUGCACGUCUGCUGUGACUAAGAUCUCCUGCAGGGCUCUUCUGAUUUCCACAUGGCGCCACCUUGUGGAUCCCGCGGUCAUCCUCCACAAAACCUCACGUGUUUGCAAACAGUUCAUUCACCGUUCUUCUCUUAAUGAGCCUUUUGAAAUGCAAACUAUCGCAUACAAACAGUCAGUGGCGUACACAGAUAGAUACCAGGUGGCGCUAGAGCACCUGCCCCUUGCCCUCAGUAUCAAGCAUGUAUCAGCUGCACAUCCGGCUGGCCGUCAGCCUCUACCAGAAGCUCACCCAGACGGAGAACACCUCCAACCUGAUCAUGUCUCCGACCAGCGUCUCCUUGUCCCCGGCGCUGCUGCAGCUCGGGGCCCGGGGCAACACGCUGGCUCAGCUGGAGGGGACUCUGGGAUACAGCGUGAACGACGCCCAGGUCCAGGACUUCCUGCUGCACUCCCAGGGUGGCGUGAGCAACAGCAGCCAGGGCAUGUGGCUGCAGCAGACAUGCACGCUGUUCAUCCAGAGCGGUGUCCAGCUGCUGCCCCAGUUCACCCAGCAUGCAGCAGCCUGGGCCAACACCAACGUAGUCCGAGCCAACUUCAGCCAGCCCAACCAGUCCCACAGCCAAGCAGAGCGAGGAGGACACGGCCACGCCCCUGCCGUUCCCUGGUUCCCCCCAGAUGAGUCGUGGCCCCUCCAGUCAGGAAGCAGCAGCGUAGAGCUCUCUGGAUCAGGAGAGGCCCAGGCCGAGGCCCUGUGGUGGGGACACCACCUGCAGGUGGUGCUGGUCAACACGGUGGCCUUCAGGGGCGUCUGGCAGAAGCAGUUUCUGUUCACCAACACCCAGAACCUGCCCUUCAUCCUGUCUGAUGGGACUCCCAUCAAGGUGCCCAUGAUGUACCAGGCUCCAGAGGUCAGCUUUGCGAUGGUCCUCCUCAAAAGAUCCAGAGCUCCAGUCUUCAAAGCAGAUCGACCGUUCUUAUUUCUACUGCGACAGGUUCAAACAGAGUGAAAGUAGCAUUUCCUCCAGAACUGGUCAGAGAUUGCAGCAUCUGAGGGCCUCUUCAAAAGAAGACGUAGUUGAUGAAGGUGUUCUGGAGCAGGACCAGAAAGACCACGACCAAGCAGCCUUGAGAUCUUAGGCAGCAUCUCCCUCAGGUCCCUCUCUAUCUCCCCACACAUGCACCAACCACUGGAACACAUCUCCAAAGUUCUGCCAGGCCAGCUCAGCUUCCCCUCAGAAGAAGUGCCGCCACCUGCCAGAUGAAGGAGCCUUUUGAGAGGCAGCUGGCAUCGUGAUUGGACUGUACUUUGGUCUGUUCCAAUCCAGCUUCAGCUCCAGAGACGGCAGGCGGGACGAGUCAACGGAGGCCGGGUGGACGAACGAAGGCAUGCAGCUGAGUACAAUCCAGAAAACAACAAAGGAGGAGUGCAGUGACCCAGGGCCAGAACAAGCAGAGUAUGUCUCUUAGAAAACAUCAUAGUAUAGCCUUUGGUAUGAAAAAACGCCAUCAUAUACAUCGUAUAUUGUACAAAUAACAAGUCAAAGGAAAGAGACAUACAUUGUAGAAUUGUAGUAAUUGUGGGCUGACUGAUUUAUUGAUUAUCAGUAUUUUAUUUUUUACUGAUUUACGGUAAUAAAUACAUUUAAAAAUGG